ACCGCAACCGCGACAAUCGCGGUCCACGACAUCGGCAUGGAAGACUUCAACAUCGAUUGGAGCAACCCCAUGGCCAUGUUCGCCGCCGCCGCGCCGAUGCAGUCCUAUCCUGCUGAAGAAGUCGACGAUGGCGACGAUAGCUUCUACGCUGCCGACAACAACAGCACCACCAAUGCCAAUGGACAGUCGGAGCCUGGCGCCGUGGAGCAGAAGCCACCAGAGGCAAUCUCGCAGUCUGAUGCAGCCAAAAAGCUCGAGAACCAGAAACGCGCCGAGAUCCUGCGUGCCAAACUGGUGGCCAUGCGCCAGAAUACACCAGCAAAAGCGUCGCCGGCAGCGGCUUUAGCGCCUGCUAACGCCACUUCUACCAACACUCCCACCAAAUCAUCGUCAAAGUUAUCUCCUACUCCUGUCCCACAAUCGCAGCAGCGGACGCAAGAAGAGAUACAAGAGGAAAAGGUCGACAAGGACUUGGAGGCGUUGUUGGCAGCCGGUAAAGCACAGGCCGAUGCUCAUAUCGCAGCAACAAAGCAGAAGGAGUUGAAGACAGGUGCUGCUGAGGGCAAGGACCAACAUCAGACCUCGACGGACAACGGAAGUGGCCGGGACUCGGCGGCGGCCAGAGUUGAGGCUACUGAGCAGCUCGCAGGGCACCACAUGACUGGGUCUUCACCGUCUACAAGCCCCCCGACUAACCUCGCAGGUUCUUACUACACUGACCUUGCAGCAUGGCUUGACAUGACUGGCUACCAUGACGUCGAAUACCGCAACUCAAAGCUUCGUACUUACAAGGAGAGGAGAGCUUUAGAGGCAGAGGCCGCUCGCAUUGCAGAGAAGCUCGAAAAGCUGCGCGAAGCCGAACAGGCUGAGAUGCAGCAGAUGCGGAUCGGUACUCCCAACGUCAAACGUCCCAACAUGGCACCGCCUCCGCUACCCCAGUUCCUGCCAAAUGGCCAGGCCACUGCCCAGCAGAUCAACGGUACCAAGCGUGCACGGUCGCCUGAGACUACACUGGCGGAAAAGCGCCAGCGUGAAGAGAAUGGCUUCCGCAUUCGUGGUGCCAAGGAUUCGCCUCAAUCGCGUCCAGGCAGUGCUCGUCGCGGGCGUCGUUCUCCAAGUCCAGGGUACGAGCGUCGCGUCGCAUAUCCAGAUGCGCGGAGACGUUCGUCGAUAGAUGACAGAGGUUCCCUAUCGAGUCACAGCCGCGAUCCUUCUCUGGAGCGUCGUGCCCAAUACUAUCGUCGGGAUGACGACCAGCAGCCUCGUUACGAUCACUACAAUCCUCCCUAUGCGCGAUCCUCGGGCGCGUUCAACGCCCCACGCCAAGGUAGAGCAGCUGGUCGUGAGGCCGCCUCGAGCUAUCGGCCGAGUGCAGGACUGGAACUUCAGAAAGGCGGUGUAAGAUAUUUCAUCUUGAAGUCCUGGAAUCACCAGAACGUAGAGGAAGCUCAACGAACGAACAUUUGGGCCACUCAAGAGAAGAAUGAAGAGAUGCUAACACAUGCUUUCAAAACGGCCCGACAUGUCAUCUUGCUCUUCUCAGUGAACAAGAGCAUGGCUUUCCAAGGCUAUGCACUGAUGACUUGUGCGCCUGACCCGAGGAUUCAAAGGCCUGCUUUCACUGCCAAAUUGAACUGGGCGACAUCGCCAGCAUUCACGCUGAGGUGGCUCGCUAAGACACCCAUACACUUCAAACUGGUAGGUCACAUCAAGAACACUCUCAACUACGACGAGGAUAAGGGCGAACCACACGCCGUUCUGGUGGGUAAAGAUGGGCAAGAAGUCAAUGCGGACGCCGGCAGGGGCGUUGUGAGGAUUCUCGACGAUGCCGAAGUUGGCGGCCAAAAUGGCAAUGGCACGCGACUGUAA